CUGUGCCAGCAGCGGCCAAGUUGGGAUUUCCCCUGGUCCAGCAGCCCCAGACAGCACACGGGGCAAGGUAGGCUUUCUGCCUCCUUCACUUCCCCAGUGCAGGUGAGUGACCUGGCGGGAGGGGGUCACCCCUAAAAACAGGGGUAGUGCUAGGACUGAAACCCUCCCUUCUUGAUAACCCACUGGCAAGUUUGAGGAGCCAGGCUGCCAGUCGGGAGAUUCGGCCCGGUGUUCCCACUGGAGAGGGCGGCAAGUGCCCGGGCGAUCCCCUCACCUGCGUUCGGGAGAUAUACCCCCGCCCCCGCCCCGCCAGGAGGGUGAAAAGAUGGCCCCAGGAGCCAGCCGGCUGGGAGAAGGCGGAGUGAGAGGAGAGGCUGGGGCCGGGGUCGCUGGGCUGUCCCGGGCAGCCCUCCUCCGAGCGAGCCGGAGCAGGGGUGGAUUGGGAGCGCGCGGGGCGGGCCCGCGGUGGCCCCGGGGCGGUGGCGCCCGGCCGGAGAGGGUGGGGCGGAGCAGCCGCCCUGUACUUCCCCUUCGCCGCUAGCUCUACAACAGCCUGAUUUCCCCGAAAUGACGGCGCGCAGCCGGCCAAUGGGCGCCCGCGCGGCUGUCCGGGGGCGGGGCUGGCCAGGGCUGGGGAAUCCCGCUAAGUGUUUGGAUUGCUCGGUGGCGCCGCUGCCCUGGCAGAGCUCGCCACUCCUUCGUCGAGGUAGGACGUGCACCCGAGCCCCGCCGAACCGAGGCCACCCGGAGCCGUGCCCAGUCCUCGCCGGCCGUGCCCGGCGGCCUCAAGAACCCGGCAACCUCUGCCUUCUUCCCUCUUCCACUCAGAGUCGCGCUCCGCGCGACCUCACUGCAGCCCCUGCGUCGCCGGGACCCUCGCGCGCGGCCGCCGGAUCGCUCCUGCAGCAGAGCCAACAUGCCCAUCACUCGGAUGCGCAUGAGACCCUGGCUAGAGAUGCAGAUUAAUUCCAACCAAAUCCCGGGGCUCAUCUGGAUUAAUAAAGAGGAGAUGAUCUUCCAGAUCCCAUGGAAGCAUGCUGCCAAGCAUGGCUGGGACAUCAACAAGGAUGCCUGUUUGUUCCGGAGCUGGGCCAUUCACACAGGCCGAUACAAAGCAGGGGAAAAGGAGCCAGAUCCCAAGACGUGGAAGGCCAACUUUCGCUGUGCCAUGAACUCCCUGCCAGAUAUCGAGGAGGUGAAAGACCAGAGCAGGAACAAGGGCAGCUCAGCUGUGCGAGUAUACCGGAUGCUUCCACCUCUCACCAAGAACCAGAGAAAAGAAAGAAAGUCGAAGUCCAGCCGAGAUGCUAAGAGCAAGGCCAAGAGGAAGUCAUGUGGGGAUUCCAGCCCUGAUACCUUCUCUGAUGGACUCAGCAGCUCCACUCUGCCUGAUGACCACAGCAGCUACACAGUUCCAGGCUACAUGCAGGACUUGGAGGUGGAGCGGGCCCUGACUCCAGCACUGUCACCGUGUGCUGUCAGCAGCACUCUCCCCGACUGGCACAUCCCAGUGGAAGUUGUGCCGGACAGCACCAGUGAUCUGUACAACUUCCAGGUGUCACCCAUGCCCUCCACCUCUGAAGCUACAACAGAUGAGGAUGAGGAAGGGAAAUUACCUGAGGACAUCAUGAAGCUCUUGGAGCAGUCGGAGUGGCAGCCAACAAACGUGGAUGGGAAGGGGUACCUACUCAAUGAACCUGGAGUCCAGCCCACCUCUGUCUAUGGAGACUUUAGCUGUAAGGAGGAGCCAGAAGUUGACAGCCCAGGGGGGGAUAUUGGGCUGAGUCUACAGCGUGUCUUCACAGAUCUGAAGAACAUGGAUGCCACCUGGCUGGACAGCCUGCUGACCCCAGUCCGGUUGCCCUCCAUCCAGGCCAUUCCCUGUGCACCGUAGCAGGGCCCUUGGGCCCCUCUUACUCCUCUAGGCGAGCAGGACCUGGCAUCAUGGUGGAUAUGGUGCAGAGAAGCUGUACUUCUGUGGGUCCCUCAACAGCCAAGUGUGACCCCACUGCCAAGUGGGGAUGGGGCCUCCCUCCUUGGGUCAUUGACCUCUCAGGGCCUGGCAGGCCAGUGUCUGGGUUUUUCUUGUAGGGUAAAGCUGGCCCUGCCUCCCAGAAAGAUGAGGUUCUGAGACCAGUGUGUCAGGUCAGGGACUUGGAUAGGAGUCAGUGUCUGGCUUUUUCCUCUGAGCCCAGCUGCCUGGAGAGGGUCUCGCUGUCACUGGCUGGCUCCUAGGGGAACAGACCAGUGACCCCAGAAAAGCAUAACACCAAUCCCAGGGCUGGCUCUGCACUAAGAGAAAAUUGCACUAAAUGAAUCUCGUUCCCAAAGAACUACCCUCUUUUCAGCUGAGCCCUGGGGACCGUUCCAAAGCCAGUGAAAUGUGAAGGAAAGUGGGGUCCUUCGGGGCGAUGCUCCCUCAGCCUCAGAGGAGCUCUACCCUGCUCCCUGCUUUGGCUGAGGGGCUUGGGAAAAAAACUUGGCACUUUUUCGUGUGGAUCUUGCCACAUUUCUGAUCAGAGGUGUACACUAACAUUUCCCCCGAGCUCUUGGCCUUUGCAUUUAUUUAUACAGUGCCUUGCUCGGCGCCCACCACCCCCUCAAGCCCCAGAAGCCCUCAACAGGCCCAGGGAGGGAAGUGUGAGCGCCUUGGUAUGACUUAAAAUUGGAAAUGUCAUCUAACCAUUAAGUCACGUGUGAACACAUAAGGACGUUUGUAAAUAUGUACAUUUGUCUUUUUAUAAAAAGUAAAUUGUUUAUAA